GGUACUUGGCUCGGGCUUGGCUGCUGGAACUUGACGUCAAUCUCGGGUUAGUGCAUCGCCAAGAGAUACCCCUGUCAGUUGCCCAUCUUAAGAGAUGAUUAUUCAUCAGUAAAAGUGGGCCAUCUUUCUCCCCCAUCGGCACGCCAGUUGAGAGCCUCCUACCACUGACCGCUCUCACAACCCAAGUUAUUAGAAAUCAAGCCUCAUCGAUUCUCGUCCUCCCCCCGAGUUUAUAGAGUCGCAACCGGUGUCAAUAAUGUCGAACAAACCUCCCCGUGGGACCGAAGUGGUGGAGGGUAUUUUCUCCCUGGUUGACACUGAUCUGUAUAAACUUACUAUGCAAUGCGCUGUUUUAAGCUGCUAUCCUGACGUCGGUUUGUUUUUCCCGUUCGUUGGCCAGGGUUGAAACUGACGAUAUGUUCGGCAGAUGUAACGUAUGCCUACACAAAUCGGACAUCCGACCUAAAGUUGUCACGCGAAGGCUUCGAUUGGAUCAAGGCUCAGGCCGCGAGUAGGAAUUCCCCGCAGCUUGUGAUCCUCUGGCUGCUCCGCUGACCUAGGACGAUUAGAAUUGGGACGACUUCGUCUCUCGCAGGCGGAGCUUGAGUUCCUGCAGAGCGCCUGUCCUUAUCUUCCGAAAACCUACCUCGCCUACCUCGGGAAGUUCAGCUUCAAACCGGAUGAUCAACUUGUGCUCGCCUUUACGCCUGAUGCAGGCGUUUCCGACCGUAUGGCGAAUGAAGAGAAUGGGGGGUUGGAGGAGAAGGUCGAAUUUGUAUGCGAUGUCUCAACCUUGUUAUUCCAAGGCUGACGGUUGUGCGAAGGGUGAUGUGAGAAUAGACAUCAAAGGCAAAUGGUCGGAGACGAUUCUCUACGAGAUUCCGUUGUUGGUCCUAGUUAGCGAGGCGUACUUCAAAUUCUCCAAUACGGAUUGGAACUACGAAGGCCAGGAGGAGAAGGCGUUUGCAAAGGGCCUGCAGCUCCUCAAGAACGGAUGUUUGCUUUCGGAGUUUGGGACGAGGCGGCGAAGAAGCUAUCGUAAGUAUGGGCCAUCUCGCCCGGCGUAUAUUUUUUUACUGGAAGGUCGGUAGAUACCCAAGAACUCGUGUUGAAUGGAUUGGUUCGUGCGAUGGCGCAUUAUGAGAAAAGUGGGGGAGGAAGGGGCAAAUUAUUGGGAACUAGUAAUGUUCACUUUGCCCAUAGGUUUGCGCACGAUUUUUCAUCGCCUGUCACAUCUUGGCAGAGGGGCGGGCAUUGCAAUGUGCUGAAAUUACGUGCUCAAUUUUUUUAGGAUGGGGCUCAAUCCUAUCGGAACUGUUGCGCACGAAUGGUUUAUGGGAAUUGCUGCAAUUACAGGCGAUUAUACCCGUGCCAAUGAGAUCGGCCUCCGACAAUGGAUCGAUUGCUUUGGCGAAGGAGUAAGUAUCCGGUUUUGGUAUUCUUGUAUAGAAUUGUGCCUGACUUUGUUAAUGCAUUAGGUUCUCUCAAUUGCGCUCACCGACACCUUUGGUACCCCGCACUUCCUUACAAACUUUGCCUUGGAAUAUCCUCCAUCUGGCAAGCCCUACGCUGAGAUAUUUGCCGGGGUCCGUCAGGACUCCGGUGACCCAGAGGAAUUUGUCAAGCGCAUGCGCAGGUUCUAUGAUGAGCAAGGGAUCAAGUCAAAGAAAACAAUCGUGUUUUCAGAUAGUCUGGACGUUGAUCUCUGCCUAAAGUAUAAGGAGUUCGCUGAGAGGGAGGGUUUUAUGCCUAGCUUUGGUGUCGGAACUUUUCUGACAAGUAUAUUCCCACUUAUUUCUAGCAUUAUUCAGCUGCUAACUGUUCAGAUGACUUUGCGCACUUGAGUAAUCCGGGUCGGAGGUCCUGGCCUUUAAACAUCGUCAUUAAAAUCAAUUCUGCGAAUGGUAAGCCCGCAGUGAAGAUCAGCGAUAAUCUCUCGAAGAAUACUGGGGACCAUGCUACUGUCGAGAGGGUGAAACGAGAUCUGGGAUAUGUCGAGAAGGAGUGGAAAGAUGGUAACGAGCAGAACCGUUGGGAAAGUAGAACCUGAUCGAGGUUAAGUCGCUAGCUAGAGCGAUUUGAUCAGAUGGAUUUCCCUAGGUGUUAUGUUUUGCUUUGCCAUUAUUCCUAGAAUCACGUCAAUCGAGCUUCACCACAGAGUACAGGUAAUUUUUUCUCGGAAACCAUGCUUUUAAAAACUAGAGAGUACCGUGAUUACAGAGAAUGAAAAAAAUUGAGGAUUCACGGAAGAUUCCAAUUGUAUUGAUAAAAGACAAGGAUUCCUGGCUUUUUAAGAGGGGGGGGGCAGCUGCUGGAAUCCAUCUAUUGGGGUAUGUCGUCGCACGGGCAAAGAUAUUAAUAGUUUGUGAAUUUGUUUUGGCGCAUUUCCUAAAGAUUUUGUAUGAUAAGAGAAUGGCGCUUUUUUAAAUUUCGAUCUCACAAUAUUGCUUGCCAAAGUAAUGAACAACUCUUUAAUAAUCUAUGGAUUCUUGGAACCAUAUUAUCAAUCUUUCAAUCCCUUUACAGCUUUAGAACGUAUUUGGGUGAAAGCCUAAAGUAGCAUGGUUUGGGUUCUUAUGCCCACUUCGCUCACCAUUUUUUGUCUCCAGCGGCGUAAGAGGCUAGAGACAGCUAUCACCGGGAGUAUUCAAUACCACACCAAAAGUAGCCAACUUCAAGUGGUUGAAUGUUCCCCCUGGGUCACCUGAAAGUACAGAAGACACUAGGU